AUGACAGCCAGUCUUUCGCUCGGAUUUGCAUUCGCAUUUGUGGUCGCAGUUCAGGGAUGGGACUAUGGAUUGGAUCAUUACCAACCAGCGCCGUACUACCAUGGUGAGCAAGGUCAGCAGUACGAGCUGUCGACGUGUCCUCCCUCGGGUCCUGAAGGACUCGUUUGUGCUGGAAUCCCCGGCUCGGAACCCUUUACCUUUCCCAAUGCCUGCGAGGUGGCUCGCUUUCGUGCUGUCACUGGCAAGGACUGGCAGAUCAUCCACGAGGGCAGGUGCGACAACCUGGAAGUGUGCCCGGGUCACUGCCGGAAUCAGUACAGUCCCGUCUGCGGCAAGUUCAAGGACGAGAGGCGCAACUUCAACAGCGAGUGCGAACUGCAGCUGGUCAAGUGCCGCACAGGAGACCCAUGGAGGAAGCAGCACGAUGGUCCCUGCGAGAGCAGAUAUCCCGCUGGCCAAUCGCUUCGCGUUCGUAACUACAAUCCCUAUGCAUUUAAUCCAUACCCAUCAUCUUAUGAGUCUCAGGGAGCUUAUGGAUCUCAGGGAGCCUAUGCAUCACAGGGAUCUUAUGGUUCUCAUAAAAGCUAUCAAGGCCCAUAUGAUUCUCAGAGAUCUUUUGUACCCUAUGGACCUUACAGUCCAUUCGCAAUCUCAUCUCAAUCUCAGCCAUCAUUUGUUUCACCUCCGCCUCCAUACAAGGCUCCCGUUUACUAUCCCUAUGAGAUAACCUGGGAAAACCUACCCACGGAAUUGGGUGUUCAUGGCAAAUCGUAUGAGAAUCUGCCCACCGAGUACCCAGCACCGGGAUCCAAGGCAGAUUCCUAUGAGAAAAAGCCCGCGGAUUAUGCUACAACCUCUAAGCCAUAUGAGAAGCCCGCCUAUGAGAAGCCCGUCACAUAUGAUAGCCCCACAUCCGAUAAGCCCACCUAUGAGAAGCCCGCCUAUGAGAAGCCCGUCACAUAUGAUAGCCCCACAUCCGAUAAGCCCACCUAUGAGAAGCCCACAUACGAGAAGCCCGUCACAUAUGAUAGCCCCACAUCCGAUAAGCCCGUCUAUAACUCUACCUCAACGAGUACGACAUCCACGACUUCCACGACUUCUACGACUUCCACUACAACCACUAGUACCACGGAGAAGACCACUACAGCUCCCACCACCACACCGCAACCAGACCCCGAUGCCACCACUCAGGCCUCAGAUCUUCGACAGAACAUAAAGAUCAAUGCGGUGGUCGAGGCGCCAGUAAAUAAAUCCACUAAUGAGUCCCUUACGACAGCUUCCCCGACCGAAGCUCCAGUUACCGUAAAGGCUGCUCCUUUGACAAAAUACGCAACAACUGCCACUCCACAGCAUGCAACAACUACGCCCAGGACGACAUUUGAAAAAGUAAUUAGGAUAAAUGCGGUGCAGGAGAAGAGUAAUUCCACAACGAUUCCAACUACAACAAUUCCAACUACAACGAUUCCAACUACAACGACUAAGUCACCAAAGAUCUAUCCAGCCUACGGUUAUCAAACCAAAACUUCCUAUAAAUCCUCCCCCGUUUAUACUACAACAGAACAGGUGACGGAGACCACGGAGCCAUCUUUCGACAAACUCAUCAAAAUAAAUGCAGUCAAGGACACAAAUAAUAGUACCACCGUAGAACCAACCACAGAAGAACCAACCACAGAAGGAUCAAGCACCGAAGAAUCAAGCACAGAAGAAUCAAGCACCGAAGAGCCAACGACUUACAGUUCGUAUCCUACGUCUUACAAUUCCUAUUCAAGCUAUGAGAAACAAUCUUCCUAUAAGAGCUCCUAUACUACUUAUAAUGCCCCGUCUACCUAUAAUAAGUCCACAGUAUACACAACAACUGAGAAACCAAAGGUUACGGAAACAACCAAAGCUUCUCUCGAAAAAGUCAUUAAAAUAAAUGCUGUCAAGGAGACAAAUAAUAGUACCACCGUAGAACCAACCACAGAAGAACCAACCACAGAAGAAUCAAGCACCGAAGAAUCAACGACUUAUAAUUCCUAUCCUACGUCCUAUAAGGCCUAUAAUACCUAUUCGAGCUAUCCCACUUAUAAAGCCCCGUCUUCCUAUAAAACAACAACAACUGAGAGUCCAAAGGUCACAGAGACAACCCAGCCAGCUUUCGAGAAAAUCAUUAAAAUAAAUGCGGCUGAAGAGGAUAAACCAAAAGAACCGACAACUUCCACUGAAGGACCAACGACAACUUCCACUGAAGAACCAACGACAACUUCCACCGAGGAACCCACAACAACCUCAACUGAAGAGCCAACGACUUACUACCCUUCGUAUCCAACCUAUCAGGCUCCAUCUACCAAUGGAACCUAUACAGCCUAUCAGGAAUCAUCUUACAACAGUAGCUCGGCAGGUUACAAAUCGCAGGAUACUUAUGAGGAAAAGAAACCAACCUACCCAGUCUAUACCGGGGAUUCCCCUGUCAUCGUAAAAACAAUCAAUGGCAGUACAUAUACGAAGAUGUAUGUGGAGGUACCCGGGAAAACGGGAGCCAAAAAGUUCAGCCUGGAGACCUCCUCCGGCGACAGCAAGAGUCAACUGCAGCAAGUCUACUUCUUGACCUUCAACUAA